AUGUCGAAGAUAACUUUAGGGAACGAAUCAAUUGUUGGGUCUUUGACUCCAUCGAACAAGAAAUCUUACAAACUGACCAACAAGAUUCGAGAAGGGGACACCCCUGUGUAUUCUGUUGUUUUUAACUUCCUUGAUUCUCGUUUCUUCAGUGUCUUCGCCUCCGCUUGUGGAAAUAGGAUUAAUCUGUACAACUGUCUUGAAGAUGGUGGAAUAGCUCCAUUGCAAUCCUACGCUGAUGAAGAUAAGGAGGAGUCAUUUUACACUGUAAGCUGGGCGUGUGGCGUUAAAGAGAACCCAUUAGUUGUCGCAGGAGGAGAGAAAGGCAUAAUCCGAGUCAUUAACGUCAAGGAUGAAACGGUUCACGUCAAUGAUGAAACGGUUCAUAAGCACAAUUCUUGCUGCCUCCGAGGACGGGACUGUAUGGCGCUGGGACGCGAUUAA